CCCUGCUUUCAGAAGACUGAGCUCCACGAUGGAGGCGACAUCAGAAAAACUUCCUCUUGAGGCGUAUGAUGGUGUGAUCAUGAAGCCCAGCGGAUCCAGUCGUCUCCGGAGAACCCUGAUCGCUGCCUUCAUUGCAGGAGCUCUUGUGCUGCUGGUUGGAGGAAUCGGCGGAUUUUACCUUUGGCAAGACACCGAUAAAGAAGCGAUCGCUGCAGACUACAGCCGCAACAUCAACAUAAAGAUGAUCGACGAUUCCUUUGAGCUGAACUCCGAGAGCAAUCCGGAGGGAUUCACAACAGCCGCCGGAGACGGGAACAUUCUGGAAGCUCACGAUUUUAAAGCUGGCAUAACCGCAAUGAGGUUUCCUGCAGGAGAAAAGUGUUACAUCAGAUCCCAAAGCAGAAGUAAACCAUCCGAGGAAAAGCUGUUUACUUUCGGUGUUAAGGAGACAGAGAUCAUGACAGUCAAAUCUGAUGUGGAUUCUGUGGUUUGGAUUGUAUCUGAGGAACCUCUGAAGGACAGCCGUUUUCUCAGCCCGGAAAUACUGAGAUUCUGUGGAAAUCUGCCCGUUUACUGGCAGCGUCCUGCAAUGCCACGAGCGUUGCGGAAGAGAAGAAGCGUGAGGCGACAGAGACGACAGAAUGACGGGAGAUUAAACCAAAGACAGUCGAGAGGUCGAAACACCACAUCCGCUGAAAACCAUCAGAGAGGAUCUGAGUUCAACUCUGAAAACCCAUAUCACCGUAACCAGGAAGCUGAAGAGACGAUGACCUUCGACUCCAUGUUGGAUCAUCGUGGCAUCUGUUGUGCAGAAUGUCGGCGCAGUUACACUCACUGUGAGCGAGUUUGUGAGCCUCUCGGUGGUUAUGAGCCGUGGCCGUACAACUAUCAUGGCUGUCGGCCCGUGUGCAGGGUCAUCAUGCCCUGUCGCUGGUGGGUCGCUCGGAUCAUGGGCCUCGUGUAGGGACACCCGAGCUGUCCUAAAUAUGGUGCGAUUAGAUAUAAGAUGCAAUAAGAAUAAAGAACUCAAAUCUCUGAUAGAAACAUUUAUGGAAUAAAUAAUAGACAUGGAGGUUUUUUAUUUCUGAUAUCUAUUACAAAUAAACAUA